UUUUAAGUGGAAAUGCAAUUUGAAUUUAAAGAUGAAGUGAGAAUGUUGUAAUUAACAAUUAUUUAACUAUUUUAUUAGUAGGAAACAAUUAUUUUUAGCAUCGAUUCCUGUCGAGGCUGUCGACCAAGAUUUAAUUUUGGCGCGAUUUUAAUCGAAAUGCCACGAUACGAUACGAGACGUGCAGGCGCAUGCGUGCUGGACUGCUGGUGUGAACGCGUGUGCGCGUAAUGGCGGACGGCAGCAAAAAGUUGUUUGGCGGUUUGUCGGCAUAUCUAUCGACUUUUGGAGGGAGAGAUUUUACUGGACAUACAAACCGCAUUUUAAAUUUUUUGUUCAUUUAUUCUCUUGCAACUAAUUGGAAUUUUUGUGGCAAACGAGGUGAGAAAAAGGCUUUUAAAAACUUAAACGUAAAGGAUGUGAUUAUUGGUGCUGUAAGAAAAAGCUCCCCUCUAGUCAGUCAGAAAGAAAUAGAAGAUACCAUCAAGGUGUGGUUGAAACAUGCACCAGAGAAAUUGAAAAAGCAGCAGCAUGGCAACCCGUAAGAAAAAAAGUGUUGUUAGUCAAAGACAACUCUACAGAAGGGUGGCAGAAGCAAAUUUAGCACCUGUGAGUCAGAAUUGUUAUAAUACAUCUUUAAUAGUUAAUAAUGAUUCCAAUGAAUCAUCAAAUUCCGUUUUUUUUUGCUGGUUCAAUGUGUGAAAGUGAAAAUGACACCUGUUCCUCAAGAGAUUUAGAUUUUAAUGUAAACUCGCCUAAUGAAAAUUUGCUCUUCAAUGAUGCGACGUUAUACAACCAUUUGACUUCCUAUUCCAGUAACGUGCCCCCUAACGAUUUAUUUUCUAAUGAACCGCCGCCUAGCGAUUUGCAUUCGAAAUUGUCAAACUGGGCAGCUUCAAGGUACGUUCGACGUACAGUAGUUACUCAUCUCUUGCAUUAUCUCCACCAUUUAAAAUCGUUAGUUCAGUCUCCGAAUAAACCGUUACAACAGAUUAAUAGACGCUUAAAAGAAAUUGAAAUGACAGUGUACGAAAAACAUGACUCUACUUCACCUGAUGAUGAACACUUCUGUAAAUGUGAAUUGUCCCAUUUCUUAGGACCAACGCCAAAUUUCUCUUGCAAGCAGUAUAAAAAGCUUCAUUAUAAAGAUUUUAUUUUUUCUAUUGCAUCAUAUUCAGAAGCAAAUUGUUUUUGUCUUACCUUAGAAGGACUGGUUUUCAAAAUAGAAAAUGUAGUGGAUACUAAUGGAGCAGUUUUUAUAUUAGGUAGGAGGUUUCAGGAUUACCGUUCAUUUUACAAAUACCCUGUCGACUCAAAAGAAUUUAUCCAAAAUUUAUCAGAGUAUAUCGAGUUAUUGCACUGCCACAAAGUUUUUUCGAAAUGUAUUGUUUUUCCUUUCAAGCAGGAAUGGUUGUCAUUUUCAUUAUUGCAUCAUUAGUAAUUCCUUAUUUCAACUUUUAUGUUCUAUAAGUGUAAUAGUAUGUAGUUUUUUAAGAUUUUGUAAUAAACUGGUAUUAAUUUGAA